AUUUUACCCGCUGAUAACAACCAGGGUUGCAUAGUGCAGCGUUGAACCCGUCCGCCGGGGACUCUUAUUUUCCGGUCGCCGGAGUUUCUGUUUCCGAUCAAGCUUAGGUUUUCGAGACUGACGAAGCGCUGGGUAAUAACAGAGCUGGUGGUGUGAUGGGGUUUUGUAUUUCUCCAUUAGGAACACCGGCUAGGUUACUGUGGAGCACCAGUUUCUUCCGCCACAAGCUCAUGAUUUUCUAAUUUUCAGCCCUAUCGCUGAAAAUACCAAAUCCCAUCUCAUUCGUUUCUCGUUUUAAUAAAAGAUCUCCCUCGAUUUCGUGUCUCUGUGCCAAUCCGCCGCCGUAAAUUGCCGGUGACCCCUUGCUCACGUUUCCCAUUUAAUUGAAGAGAAUAAUUGAUGUUGUCGGACGGAUUGAUCUUCAACCGAUCUCCAGGUCACGCCAACAUGCUGUUUUUCGGGAGUGGCGAUUCCAUUCUUCGAGGAUCAUGUUUCACGAAGGGGAUGGAGGAAAAUUCGAAGCGACCCUUUUUCAGCUCUCCGGAUGACCUGUUCGAUGAUGACUACUACGAUGACCAGCCGCCUGAGAAGAAGCGCCGGCUAACUCAAGAGCAGGUGCAUCUUCUGGAGAUUAGCUUUGAGGCAGAAAACAAACUGGAGCCAGAGCGCAAGACUGAGCUAGCAAAGAAGCUGGGUCUGCAGCCAAGGCAAGUGGCUAUCUGGUUUCAAAACCGCCGAGCUCGAUGGAAGACAAAGCAGCUUGAAAGGGACUAUGACCUUCUCAAAUCUUCAUAUGAUUCCUUUUGUUCUAGCUACGACUUCAUGGCCAAGGAGAAUGAAAGGCUCAAAGCCGAGGUAGCUUCUUUAACUGAGAAACUUCAAGCUAAAGAAGUGGUUGAAUCAUCGUUUCAAGCUAAGAAAUCCGAGCCAAUUCUGGAAGAUGAACUCCUUGUUUCUGUUGUGCAACACAAUAUGAAGAUUGAUGACCAUCAUAGUUGCAGGAGCAAUGGUAGCGCUGUGCUGGAUGAGGAUGGUCCUCAACUCUUAGACAGUGGGGAUUCAUACCUCCUGAGCAAUGACUAUGAUGGCUGUGUGUUGCCAGUUUUUGGAGUGAACUCGGAGGAGGAGGAUGUGAGUGACGACGGUCAGGGCUACUUCUCGGAUGUUUAUACAGCAGCCGAUCAGCAGACUCACGAGGCAGAGCCAUUGACCUGGUGGGACUGGUCGUUGUAAAUGCACGUUCGAAUCAUUUUGAUAUUUAGUAGGAUGGAACUACAAUAUAAUGUUUACUGUAUGAUACUGAUGAAUAAAUCUAAUGCGAACAUUACUUAGUGUAUGGAUAAAAUUUAGACCUUGUACCGUUACAUGGUUCUGCUUCUGUGUUUAUAUGAAUUGCCUUGGAAAGUUGG